GCCGCCUGUUGUUGGAGCAGCAGCAAACAAGGGGGAAAGCCCUCUGUCCGUGGGGAUUGCCAUCGGUUUCGUGGCUUGGCAGCCACCGCCACCGCCCUCUCUUUCCCAUUCUUUAUCUUCUCCGAGGCGAGAGAGUCUAGCGCCCAUCUCACAUUGUCACACGGCGGAGCUGCCAGGGAAGGAAGAGAAGAGAGAAGGAAGGCAGGAUGCCCCACGGCCGCCUCUCGGGGUCGCUCUGCUCGCCCAAGAUCGACGUCGUCAUCGACAUGGGGAACCCCUUCCUCAACCGCACAGUCGACGGCUUCCUCAAGAUCGGCGCGGUCGGCGCUUGCAAGGUGGCCGCCGAGGAGACCUUCGAGUGCCUCCACAGAGGGGAUGUUUCAAAGCACAAGCUUGAGCAUGCGCUAAAGAAAAUGUGCAAGGAGGGUGCUUACUGGGGUACUGUUGCUGGAGUUUAUGUGGGCAUGGUGUAUGGAGUGGAAAGGGUCCGUGGUCGCAGUGACUGGAAUGCAAUGAUAGGAGGCGCGUUAUCUGGUGCCCUGAUCUCUGGUGCCAGCAACAACCACAAAGACAAGAUCAUCAAGGAUGCCAUCACCGCUGGGGCGGUUGCAACAGCCGUGGAGUUCAUCAACUACCUUACCUAGUUGUGCAACUGCAUUUGCAGUGCCAUUUUCGUACAAUAACAAUAAUAGGACUUCUUCAGUGAAGCCAUGUUCAGUUCAAUAAACCAGCAUCUUCAGUCUUGGUUGCUCCUCGCCGCUUUUGCUUUGCGUGAAUGUCCUGAUCAACAGUUUUUCGUUAUCUUUGAGGCUUGCAGUCAUCGCUGUGAUUCUGUGACGAUUUAUUUGAUUGAAGGAAAAAAUAUAUAUAUAUAUAUGCAAGUUGCAGCACCA